AUGCAACGGGUAUCAAGCUUCCUUCCCUCAUGGGAGGCGAGGAGAAGAAGUAAUGCUAGUACUACGAGCAAUGGCCGAAGCAGCAUCAUCACCGCAACCACCAAAUCUCCCCUCGACAAGGUUUUCCGCUGGUCUAGCAAACCCGCGUCUCUAAACACAACUGCUCUCGCAACAGCUGCUUCACGCAUUGAUCGUGAGGCCUUCUGGCCGGCUACCCUCGAUGCUGAAUGCGAUCGCGCCGCCCGAAUUCUGAAAUCGUUUUGCUCUGAUGGCUUCCUUGCGCCCCUGCACGACCUCCCGGAUCGCUCCUCAGCAUCCACCGAGCCGCAAACACCAAUUCGAAUUUUCAAGAAGAUUCCCUCCCGAAUCAUUCAGAACGCUGCUGGUAUCGCCAUUUUCACUUGCAUGCGGUCGGGCUUGUGGAUGACCGGAUCUGGCGGCUCAGGCAUUUUGAUCGCCCGCAAAGCCGACGGCACCUGGUCACCUCCUUCGGGCAUCGUUUUACACACCCCUUCUCUGAGCUUUGUCAUGGGCGUUGACAUUUACGACUGCGUCCUGGUUAUUAACAAUAUCGCCGCUCUCGAGCAACUAAUCACUAAACCUACUAUUACACUGGGAGAAGAUAUUGGCCUCACAAAUGGCCCUCUAGUGGCUCUGGAAUCAACAGAGGUGGACAACAAGUGGAGGGAAUUGGACAACACUGUUUUGUCGUACAUGAAGGCAAGAGGACAGUCCCAAAACGUCAACUUGACUGGCUGCAUCCUGAAAGAGCGUGGGAAUGAGAAUGAGAGAUUCUACGGCUGCAAUGUCACCAGUCUGGAUAUUUGCGCGGGCAACGUGUCGAGGAACGUGGUUGAGACUCUCCCAAUGUUCGAGGUCAUCAAAGAAGCCGAGGGAAGAAUCGACGCAGACCAGGCUGUUCUCAAGAAGCUCUCUGCACUACCUGCACCAGGAGAUGCCAUGAUCGAGACGCCCAGAAGCUCACCCGCCUCACCGAAGACAGCAAUCAAGUUCGGCAUCCCGAACGCUGGCGAUCCCGACCCAUUCGGUGUUUUGGCUCUCGAGAUGGCAGGACUAGAAAUCCGCGAAGCCGGUACACACCAGCGCCCAACAAGUCACCAAUUCGAGUUCAACCCUACACCUUCAAGCCCUGCCUUUUCCAAGUUUAGCAGGCAGAGCGUCGAGACAACCACGACAAGGAGCAACCGGGGCAGCGUCACGUCAAACAGGACGACCCGUACCAAGCUAUCUGAGGCCUUCACGCACACGAACACGACGACUACCACGCCUGACACUUCGCCAAGCCAAAGUCAAAGCCAGAGUGAAGAUGGAGCGUCUAUCCACAGCUUGCCGGCGCUGAAGGAGCCCGAGGAGGUUGACUACACUAAGAUCGAUUUCACUCCUCUGAGACAAAUCAGCGGUAGCCACUCCAUUGAGGGAACCAUCAUGACUGAGAGCGACGACCACCUGCGUACCGAUGUUAGCACCAUUGACGACGCGGCUACCAAGGCAUCUAGUAUAUGUACCAAGGAUGACGAGAGGCCCGAGGUACAAGAGGAGGACCAGGAUGAAGACGUCGACGACGAGGACGAUGAAGAUGACGAAGAGGAACCUGUAAUUUUCGAGGUCGCUGAGGUCCAACCCGCUCGCCGUGCAGUCAUGGCUGCUCCGAUCCAUGCCAAGGGCGCCCUGGUUACGAUUCCUAAGAGGAUUCCGCCGCCGCUCCCCGCAAGAAGCCCAGCACGAGGUUCUCGCGCGAGUAAGAGCGAAAUCGGAGAUGUCAGCCAGCUUCACAGCCCUCUUCAGUCUUCCUUCACCACAUCUCCUCGCCAGUCUAUCGAUUCCAACUCGAUCAGAAGCGAGUCGAGCAAGAUUCCAUCCAUCAAGGAGACGUCAGCAGAGGAUGCAUCGGAUGACGAGAGUAUGAAGGAGACUGAGUCCGUCCAAGUUGCCAAGCCGCAAUUGGACAAGUCUGUACUCAAGACGCCCACGUUACAAGAGUCAGACAAGGCCACACCCUUGGCUCCGGGUGCUUUCCCGGAUGAGACCACUGACUUCAUGACUCCUUUGGGUAGUCCUUUGAAGGAAGUUCCCAGCAGUGAUUCGAGGCAUGUUGCCCAGAAAGCGGUUGAUGUUGCAUGA